AUGAAUCAAGUGAUCCAAUGGAUCCAAAGGUAUACCCUAUUUGUGGUGCGAUCGCCAAAGAGUGGUCUGUUGUCAGACAAACAAGUGUUGACAGAAAUUAAUGGUUCGCUUUCUAUGCCAUUCAUUACCACCGAUGGUCUGAUGGAAGCCAAUGUCCAACUCUUCACUCUCGAGGGCACUGAUAAUGAGAUCCCACACUCCAGGCUUCGGAUUUGGGACGCAAUCAUAUUUGUGCCAAACGUGUUGUUUCUGGCGUUCCUGUUGUUGGGGUUGAAGGCGACGAAGCAGAAGCUGCGCCAAACCACUUCCCCCAUCUUCGCCACAUUUUACCUCUUGGUCUGCAUUAAUGUCACCACAAGUUUGUUGCGAUGCGUUAUCUCUAUGUUAGUCAACGUUACCUCUCCUGCCGGUGAUAUCACUGAUAAGGUAUUUUGGGUUAUCGUUAGGUUCUUCCUGUUGUCGACCGAGACAUCAGUUCUGGUGUUUGGCUUAGCUUUCGGUCAUUUGGAUUCUCAGACGUCGAUCCGACGGGUAUUGUUGGUCACGUCGUUCGUGUCUCUGGCCUAUAGUAUAUGUCAGGGAUGUCUGGAGAUUGUGGCGCCGGACGAGUCCUUCUAUAUCAAGGAAAGAGAUUACUAUCUGUUCAGUCACGGAGGGAUGAUCUUCUGGUUCUGCACGUGUCUACUCUUUGCACUCAUAUAUCUCACAGUAUUCCUCCUGCCGUGGACUCCAUGCAGACAACGAAUACCACUUCCAACCAAACAGUCGUUUUAUGUGUACGCGUGUCUGCUAUCAGUGUUGAAUCUGAUCCAAGCGAUGGGCAGUGCGUUGUUCUUCAGGGGCCAUAUGGAGGGCCUGUGCGUUGUGGACGUGACCACAUAUGUGUACUUCACUCUCUUCACGCCACUGGUCUACUGGACAUUUUUGGCCCAAUUCUUCUCCGCCACACAAUCGGUGAUAAUGUUCUCAUAUAAGCCACAGAUGGACGACAACAUCGAGGAAUCGUCGGCCGACGAGACGGGCUGUAGUGCUGGUCCGGACAGUCAGAUACCGCACCAGUUGUCGUGUUCAUCACUUAAGACUGACAAUGAGUUUGUGUAUCAGCGAAAUGGGACGCUCUAUGAGAGCACUCAGUUCACGGCGUCGGCCACCAGUGCCUACUCUCUCUCACCCGACGACAGCAUUACAUCGAAUCACAGUUUAAACAAAUGAUAACUUAAUUACAAAUUAUUGUAAUAUAUAUUAUAUAUAUUUAUGUACAGAAUUACAAAUGCGGGC